AUGUCCAACUUCAUGUCAUGCAAAUUAAGAACUUUUCUCGGUGAGCCUAUGGGAGAGAAAUGUGUUGCCUUUGUGGACGGAGUUGGUAGAGACCUCGCAAGAAGUCUAAUAACCUGUGGUUAUGAUAAGGCGUAUGUAUUAUUGGGUCAAUUCCUUCUCAUGCACAAAAAAGAUGAAGAGUUCCAGAUGUGGCUCAGGAUGUCCUUUGGUGCCACUCGACAAGAAGCUCGUAUGAUUGCCAAUUGCCUUCGAGAAUGGUGUAACAGUUUCAUUUAA